AUGGCCUCAGGUGAUAAUGAUCAUAUAGAAAUAAUGGAUAGCUCUGUGUUAAAGAAGUUGGAUACAACGCAUUCAGGAUCAGAGGAUGAUGAUCGCGAUAGGGCUUCUAUAGCUGAGAAAAAUGCACCGUACGAUCCGGCUGUUGGUCCCUCGGGGGCCAUCAGCAAGGUGCACAAGUCGGAUCGGAAGAUCGGUCACCGUCGCGUCGGCGAGGGCGGGGAGAUCACCUACAAGAAGAUACAGUCCUCGCAGAUCAUGGGUUCUAUACAGCUAGGUAUCCAACACGCGAUCGGUGGUCUAGCCUCGAAGCCAGAACGCGACCUGUUGAUGCAGGAUUUCAUGACGGUGGAAACGACAAACUUCCCAUCCGAAGGGUCAAACCACACACCAGCACAUCACUACUCGGAGUUCAAGUUCAAAACCUACGCGCCCAUAGCCUUCAGAUACUUCAGAGAUCUGUUCGGCAUACAACCAGAUGAUUUCCUUAUGUCAAUGUGUAGUGCACCAUUACGUGAGCUUAGCAAUCCCGGAGCGUCCGGGAGCAUCUUCUAUCUGACUAACGACGAUGAGUUCAUCAUUAAGACGGUACAGCACAAGGAGGGCGAGUUCCUUCAGAAACUACUACCUGGAUACUACUUGAAUCUCGAUCAGAACCCACGCACGUUGUUGCCAAAAUUUUUCGGUCUUUAUUGCUAUCAAUGCAAUAGUAAGAACGUGCGUUUGGUAGCUAUGAACAAUCUUCUCCCGUCAUCUGUGAAGCUUCAUCAGAAAUACGAUUUGAAGGGAUCCACUUAUAAAAGAAAGGCGAGUAAGACGGAACGUCAGAAAAGUUCUCCAACGUACAAAGAUCUGGAUUUUAUGGAACAUCACACUGAGGGUAUUUUUCUUGAGGCGGAUACAUACAGUGCUCUUAUCAAGACUAUGCAGCGGGACUGUAGAGUAUUGGAGAGUUUUAAGAUUAUGGAUUAUUCUCUACUGGUGGGUAUCCACAAUCUCGAUGAAGCACAGCGAGAGAAGAGUGAGGCUAGACAAAGAGACUCUCAGAGUGACGAUGAAGAUUAUAAUAAGAAGAGUGGACUUAAUAGGACCAGGUCAAUAAAUCGUCAUCGUUUGGUAGCGCACUCAACAGCCAUGGAGAGUAUACAGGCGGAGAGUGAACCUAUUGACGAAGAAGAGGACGUACCUCCUGGUGGCAUACCGGCCAGGAAUGCUCGUGGUGAAAGACUUCUCCUGUUCCUCGGUAUAAUAGACAUCCUACAGUCAUACCGACUGAGGAAGAAGUUGGAACACACAUGGAAAAGCAUGAUACAUGAUGGGGAUACUGUUUCGGUUCAUCGGCCGAGCUUCUACGCUUCAAGAUUUCUAGACUUCAUGGGAAAAACGGUUUUCAAGAAGAUACCUUCGUCCUUGAAACACUCGCCAUCGAAGAGGAAGAGCAUCGCUAAGCCUUCACGAGCUCAGGAGGAAAUUGAUAACACAGGGGGGAUCAUCGGUCGUCCUAUUAAAGACUAUAAUCCAGACUACCUCAAGUCUAGACUAUCUCCCAGGUCGUCUAUGAGAUCUAGUCUAAGCGAUUUCACUGAUACGACUAUAUCUACAUGGAAUCAGCGGCAUCAAUUACCAACUGAAUAUCCAUCGGUGUUAUCUGAUAGAUUGAAAGUCGGGGAUAGACUGCCCUUCCAAAGACGUAUAGACUUUGAUUCCUCAAGGGAACCUGGUACUUCAUACGCGGAGAAUGUAUACAGAUCCUCGAUUCAAGAUAGAAUGGAGUCGCUAUCAGAUCAGCUGACAAAAGUACUAAGUACUGGCGCUGGAAGUUCACAUAUUAACGGCAGUUUAGCUGACAGCGGCAUACAGACAGAUAACACAUCGACAAGUGUACCGCAAAUAUAUAUAGAUACACACACAUACACUCCUGGAGUCAAAAUAUUGAAAGACGCCGCAGUGGAUACUAGAAACGAAAAGAAUUUACAGGAUAUACCAUUCAUAGAUGAAGACGAUAAUAAAUGGAAGAAACGAAACCUUGAGAAACAUAAGUCUAUGUCGAACAUUCCGGAGAAAAUAGACGAGGUCAGUCUAGAACAUUCCAACGAGCGACUAUCAAGCAGUCUGAAUCGCGCCAAAUCACCAACAUUCGUGGAGAAGUUCAAGAAAUUCUUCAUGGACAUCGGUCUAGUUAAAACUGAUAGCAUUCCAGAGAGAAAUGAUAUUGAUAAUACUAUCACUAUGGCUAACACGUUGCCAAAAAACUUAACGAGCUACAGAGCGAAAAGUGUUACACCGAACAUAAAUGAGGGUAGAGAGACAUCAACAUUACCUAAAGAUAUGAGGUUUAGGAAAGUGAUUUCAGCACAGACGGUGUACAUAAAGCCAGAAUCACCAACACCGGUAAUGAAUACGAUGAAAAACGUGGAAACACAAAUGAAUGAUGAUAAAAAGGAACAUAUAUCAGUCAUAAAACUAAAUGGUGAUGAAUAUAUACAAGAUUCAGAUUCGGAGAGAUUCAUAAAAGAAGUUGUAUACGUAAAGACGUUAGAAAAUGCAGAAAUAUAUUCUGGAAGAGACAGUGGUAGUACUAUUAUAGUAGUACCACCCGCUGAUUGA